CAGCCACUGCCUUCGAGCCGGCCGCAGAGUCCCGGCUCCCGCGAGCCCUUCCGGCGCUGCCUCCGACUCCGGCGGCCGCCUCCUCCUCGGGCGCCCCGCUCGCCCCGCGCCUCUCCGGGACUCGCCGCCUGUCGUUGCUCCCUAGCCGCCGCUCCGGGUCGCUGCACCCGUGUGCACACAGGCUCCCUGCUGGGCACAAACAGCUCCACUAUGGGGCUGGCCUGGGGACUCAGUGUCCUCUUCCUGUUGCAUGUAUGUGGCUCCAACCGUAUUCCAGAAUCCGGGGGAGACAACAGCGUGUUCGACAUCUUUGAACUCACGGGCGCUGCCCGGAAGGGCUCUGGGCGCCGGCUGGUGAAGGGGCCUGACUCUUCCAGCCCAGCUUUCCGCAUCGAGGAUGCCAACCUGAUCCCCCCUGUGCCUGAUGACAAGUUCCAAGACCUGGUGGAUGCCGUGCGGGCAGAGAAAGGCUUCCUUCUCUUGGCCUCCCUGAGGCAGAUGAAGAAGACCCGAGGCACACUGCUGGCCAUAGAACGGAAAGACCACUCGGGCCAGGUUUUCAGUGUGGUCUCCAAUGGCAAGGCGGGCACCCUGGACCUGAGCCUAACCGUGCAGGGGAUGCAGCAUGUGGUGUCGGUGGAAGAAGCGCUCCUGGCGACCGGCCAAUGGAAGAGCAUCACCCUGUUUGUGCAGGAGGACAGGGCCCAGCUGUACAUCGACUGUGAGAAGAUGGAGAACGCCGAGCUGGAUGUCCCCAUCCAAAGCAUCUUCACCAGGGACCUGGCCAACGUUGCCAGACUCCGCAUCGCAAAAGGAGGUGUCAAUGACAAUUUCCAGGGGGUGCUGCAGAAUGUGAGGUUCGUCUUCGGAACCACACCAGAAGCCAUCCUCAGGAACAAAGGCUGUUCGAGCUCUACCAAUGUUCUUCUCACCCUUGACAACAACGUGGUAAACGGCUCCAGCCCUGCCAUCCGGACUAACUACAUUGGCCACAAGACAAAGGAUCUGCAAGCCAUCUGUGGCAUUUCGUGCGAUGAGCUGUCCAGCAUGGUCCUGGAGUUGAGGGGCCUGCGCACCAUCGUGACCACCCUCCAGGACAGCAUCCGCAAAGUGACUGAAGAGAACAAGGAGUUGGCCAAUGAGCUAAGGAGGCCUCCCCUCUGCUACCACAACGGAGUUCAGUACAGGAAUAACGAGGAAUGGACUGUUGAUAGCUGCACGGAGUGUCGCUGUCAGAACUCUGUUACCAUCUGCAAAAAAGUGUCCUGCCCCAUCAUGCCCUGCUCCAAUGCCACAGUUCCCGAUGGAGAAUGCUGCCCACGGUGUUGGCCCAGCGACUCUGCGGAUGAUGGCUGGUCCCCGUGGUCUGAGUGGACCUCCUGCUCUGUGACCUGUGGCAACGGAAUCCAGCAGCGAGGUCGCUCCUGUGACAGCCUCAACAACCGCUGCGAGGGCUCCUCCGUCCAGACUCGGACCUGCCACAUUCAGGAGUGUGACAAGAGAUUUAAACAGGAUGGCGGCUGGAGCCACUGGUCCCCGUGGUCGUCUUGUUCUGUGACAUGCGGUGACGGUGUGAUCACAAGGAUCCGACUCUGCAAUUCCCCUAGCCCCCAGAUGAACGGGAAGCCGUGUGAAGGCGAAGCUCGAGAGACCAAGGCCUGCAGGAGAGACGCGUGCCCCAUCAAUGGAGGCUGGGGUCCCUGGUCACUGUGGGACAUCUGUUCUGUCACCUGCGGAGGAGGGGUGCAGACACGUAGCCGGCUCUGCAACAACCCCACACCCCAGUUUGGAGGCAAGGACUGCGUUGGUGAUGCGACAGAAAACCAGAUCUGCAACAAGCAGGACUGUCCAAUUGACGGAUGCCUGUCCAAUCCCUGCUUUGCUGGGGUCAAGUGUACCAGUUACCCUGACGGCAGCUGGAAAUGUGGUGCUUGUCCCCCCGGCUACAGUGGAAAUGGCAUCCAAUGCAAAGACAUCGAUGAGUGCAAAGAAGUACCUGACGCCUGCUUCAACCACAACGGGGAGCACAGGUGUGAGAACACGGACCCGGGCUACAACUGUCUGCCCUGCCCCCCACGCUUCACUGGCCCGCAGCCCUUCGGCCGGGGUGUGGAAUAUGCCACCGCCAACAAACAGGUAUGCAAGCCCCGCAACCCCUGCACAGAUGGGACACACGACUGCAACAAGAACGCCAAGUGCAGCUACCUGGGCCAUUACAGUGACCCCAUGUACCGCUGUGAGUGCAAGCCCGGCUACGCAGGCAAUGGCAUCAUCUGCGGUGAGGACACGGACCUGGACGGCUGGCCCAACGAGGACCUGGUGUGCGUGGCCAAUGCCACCUACCACUGCAAAAAGGAUAAUUGCCCCAACCUUCCCAACUCCGGGCAGGAAGACUAUGACAAGGAUGGAAUUGGCGACGCCUGUGAUGACGACGACGACAAUGAUAAAAUCCCAGAUGACAGGGACAACUGUCCAUUCCACUAUAACCCAGCCCAGUAUGACUAUGACCGGGAUGACGUGGGAGACCGCUGUGACAACUGCCCCUACAACCACAACCCAGAUCAGGCUGACACAGACAACAACGGGGAAGGAGAUGCCUGCGCCGCUGACAUCGACGGGGAUGGUAUCCUCAAUGAACGAGACAACUGCCAGUACGUCUACAACGUGGACCAGAGGGACACGGAUAUGGAUGGGGUCGGCGAUCAGUGUGACAACUGCCCCCUGGAACACAAUCCAGAUCAGCUCGACUCUGACUCAGACCGCAUCGGAGACACCUGUGACAACAAUCAGGAUAUUGAUGAAGAUGGCCACCAGAACAACCUGGACAAUUGUCCCUAUGUGCCCAAUGCCAACCAGGCUGACCAUGACAAGGACGGCAAGGGAGACGCCUGCGACCAUGAUGAUGACAACGAUGGCAUUCCUGAUGAUAGGGACAACUGCAGACUCGUGCCCAAUCCUGACCAGAAGGAUUCUGACGGUGACGGUCGAGGUGAUGCUUGCAAAGAUGAUUUUGACCAUGACAAUGUGCCAGACAUUGAUGACAUCUGUCCCGAAAACAUUGAUAUCAGUGAGACCGAUUUCCGCCGAUUCCAGAUGAUUCCUCUAGAUCCCAAAGGGACGUCCCAAAAUGACCCUAACUGGGUGGUGCGCCAUCAGGGUAAAGAACUCGUCCAGACUGUCAACUGCGAUCCAGGACUUGCUGUAGGUUACGAUGAGUUUAAUGCAGUGGACUUCAGUGGCACCUUCUUCAUCAACACUGAGAGGGAUGAUGACUAUGCUGGAUUUGUGUUUGGCUACCAGUCUAGCAGCCGCUUUUAUGUGGUGAUGUGGAAGCAAGUCACCCAGUCCUACUGGGACACCAACCCCACUAGGGCUCAGGGAUACUCAGGCCUUUCUGUGAAAGUGGUGAACUCCACAACAGGGCCAGGCGAGCACCUACGGAACGCCCUGUGGCACACGGGAAACACCCCCGGCCAGGUGCGCACUCUGUGGCAUGACCCUCGUCACAUAGGCUGGAAAGAUUUCACUGCCUACAGGUGGCGUCUCAGCCACCGACCAAAGACGGGUUUCAUUAGAGUGGUGAUGUAUGAAGGGAAGAAAAUCAUGGCUGAUUCAGGACCCAUCUACGACAAAACCUAUGCUGGAGGUAGACUGGGGUUGUUUGUCUUCUCUCAAGAAAUGGUGUUCUUCUCCGACCUGAAAUACGAAUGCAGAGAUUCCUAAUCAUCCGACUGUUGAUCAAAAGACCGAUCCUAACCAAUGCUGGUGUUGCACCUUCUGGAACCACGGGCUUAAGAAAACCCCUAGGAUCACUCCUCCCUGCCUUUUCUCUGCUUGCGUAUCAUUGUGGACUCCUAGGAUAUGGGACUUGCCUCAAGAAAAUGCCGUUUUCCAAAUGAGACUCAGCAUACAGCCUCUGAAUGCAAAGACAAUCUUCCAAGAACAGAAAUAAUUACGUUGGUUUGCUUUCCGAAAAGCAAAAGCAUCCCCCGCGUCAGUGGGCAGGUGGCUGCCCCACUCUGUUUUUGUCAGGGUAGGGUGCUAGCGUGAGGCCAUCUCUGAGCAGUGGACUCCAAAGCGUUUUCAGGCGUGUGGGAGAAGGGAGGACUCACUAGAAUUGGCAAACCACCAUGCUUGACCCUUAGAAAGAGGAGGAGCAGGGGCCAAAGCCCUACGGGAAGGGCGUGGCCCCAACAGAUGAUUGUAUGAAGAAAAGGUGGAGCUGUUACAUGUUCGGUACUAAAUCAUUUUCAGGGGAUUGAAAGACUUGCUGGAUUUCAUGAUGCUGACCAGUGUUAGCUGAUUAACCGCGUACAUAGGCACUUAAAUAGAAGCAGGGAGGGGAGGGAAAGACUGGCUUUGGGACUCCUUCCCAGAACCCCAUCCCUUAGACAUCACCUGCAGUGACCAAACUAGGGAAUGAGAACUAAACCAUUGUAAGGCUGUGCUGGCUGCCACUGCCUGGUUACCAUGAAAUUGUCGGUUUUAUUCCAGAUGGAGCUUGUGCAGAUGUAGCAGGAAAAUCACAAAACCUACCAUCUCAGCACCGGGCUGGCUCCAAAGAGACGGGCAGCCGGGCUUGUAUUUUUAUGGUUAGAAAGGCACAAAAUUCUCAACUAAAACAUUCCUUUUCUCUUUUCUUGAGUGUCAUGGAGUUUUCCAACUAUCUUAGACUGUAGUUUUUGGUUUUUUGUUUUUGUUUUUUGGGUUUUUUUUUUUGUUUGUUUUUUGGGUUUUUUUUUUUUUUUUUACAAACGCUUUACAAUAUAAAAUAUUUAUUUUUUACUUUGGCGGAUCUGUCUGAAAGACUAUUCAUGGAACAGGAAGAAGCGUAAGGACUAUCUGGAUCAUCUUCGUUAGGAGUCUUCAUGACUGUAAGAUUGUAAAUACAGAUUAUUUAUUAACUCUGUUCUACCUGGAAUCUAGGUUUCACGUGGAAAGUGUUUGACAGCAGGUAGUGGAGAUUUAUCAGCAAAUCUCUCACAAGAACGGCACAAGGAAAAUCAGCGCAGGCUGCUCUUUGCUUUGUGCUCAGAGUGAAUGAUUUGGGAUUUUUUUGUCUUUUCAAGUGGAAUCAGUUGCCCAUUUGCUAGUGUUUGUAACUUUGAAAAAGAAAGCCAAGAGUCCUUUAAUACUGUUGUACCCUAUCCCUUGUGCCUAUUUCCAGGGAGAAGAAAAGCAUCUACACUUUGUCAUUUUUCCAAAAGAGGAAAGAAGAAGAAAAAAAAAAAAAAGGUGAAACUUCUAUACAAAUAUUACCUCAUUUGUUGUGUGACUGAGUAAAGAAUUUUUGGAUCAAGCAGAAAGAGUUUAAGUGUCUUACAAACUUAAAGCUACUGUAGUACCUUAAAAAAAAAAAAAAGUCAAUGUUGUACAUAGUAUAAAAACUCUUUGCAGAGAAGUAUUCCCAAUAAGGAAAUAGCAUUGAAAUGUUAAAUACAUUUUCUGAAAGUUAUGUUUUUUCUAUCUUAUAUACCAUUGCUUUAUUUUUAUAAAUUAUUUUCUCAUUGCCUUUGGAAUAGAUCUCAGAUUGUGUAGAUACGCUAUUUAAAUAAUUUAUCAGGAAAUACUGCCUGUAGAGUUAGUAUUUCUAUUUUUAUAAAAUGUUUGCACACUGAAUUGAAGAAUUGUUGGGGUUCUUGUUUUGUUUUUGAUUUGUUUUUCGCUUGUUACCCCCCAGUUUUUACUAUUUACCAAUACCUUUUUCUAGGAAUGUGCUUUUUUUGUACACAUUUUUAUCCAUUUUACAUUCUAAAAGCAGUGUAAGUUUGUAUAUUACUGUUACGUACAAGGAACGACAAUAAAUCAUAUGGAAAUUUAUAUUUAUA